CACCAUUCUCCUCUUGCCAUACAUUCUGUCCAAUUGCCAUCCGCCCACACAUUGAGACUCCUACGGAAAGACAUGUCGCUCUACCAGUGCGAAUCACACCGCAAAUGGAGGCAGCGGUGAGAUGGUCGCCGCACGGCGGCGGGGCGCGCAAGCGUUUCCUACUCGUCGACGUUGCCGAUUCCAGCCUGACCCUCAACCAAAUCGACUCCUUCCCCAAGAGCAGACGUGGCAAGGUUGAAUACCACGCAGUCUCCCACUACAGCCGACUGCCCCCCAUCGCUGCCUUCGACUGGUCCAAAAGCGAUGAGUCCAUCGUUGCCCUGGGCUUUGGGAACCGCAGCGCGAGUCUGGUCAAGCUUCGGAGCAACGAUGAAGGCGGGAGUGAGACUCUGGCGACGCUCAAGGUGAAGCAGCCGCGCAAGGGCAAUUCCAUUGCUUUCAGCACCCAGGACUGGCUGGCGCUGGCCGUAGAUCGCACCCGGUCCGAUGUGUGCCUUUUCAUCUACGAUACUCGACGCGCAGAGGCUUCUGCCGACCCAAUCCGGAGGCUAUGUGCUGCAGAGCUGGUGUCCAGCGUGCGCUUCUUUCCCGGUCAGCCGCAGGAGAUCGUCACAGGCACGCAACGCGCAUUCGUGAGGAUCUACGACCUUCGAGAUGCUGCUUCUCAAUCCGGCACCGUUGUCGCCCAAGCGUCGACGAGGAAUGUGAAUAACAUUGCUAUUGACCCUCUGGAUGAGAACUAUUUUGCCGCUGCUGGCUCUACCGCUGAUCCUUGUGUCACUGUGUGGGAUAGGCGGUGGAUGCUGUCGCCUUCCUCCUCUUCCUCAGCCAGCUCCACAUCGACCAACGGCGCUGUCCUCGAAUUUAAUCCUGUCGUGAGUAAUGCCAUCGAAACCACAGUCUGGAGUCUACGGUACUCUGGUCAGAGACGGGGCAGGCUAGCUUUGUGUUCGAGCACAGGGGAGCUGAAGACCAUCGAUAUGACGCAAGGUUCGGAGCCUCUCCAGACCACAGACCAAUACGGCAGAUCUGGUUCCGGCGGAAGAUCCAGCAAUUGCUACGUAUCGGAGACGAGGGUAUUAGAGGCGCCAUACCACGACACCCGGCACGGCCAGGAGAGCAAGACUCGCAUUGUUGCUUACGAUUGGGUGAAUGAGAUUACCGACAGCUAUUCACAGCCUAUGAUUACCCUUCGUGCUAAUGGAGCUGUGCAUGCACUUCAAGUGCCUACUGCAAAACCAUGCGCUGGUAUCACACCUCGCCAGGACAUGAUCCUGGCAUUUGAUCGAUUGACUAUCACCGAGCCUGCCGCUCCGUCACAAAUUACUGGGGAUGAUACAGCUCCACACCAUCUGGCAGGGGAUGUGAAUGCAGGUGCAAGCAACGAAGAUGAGAAAGCCAACAGCGUAGAACACGGCGCACCUCGUCUAUGCGACAGAGACUCCCCACAACUCGCCCGCCUCCUAUCACCAGGCACUCUCCGACAAGACCGCUGCCGCCAAGGCUACCUCUUCGACUGCAAAAAGAACGCAGACAUCGUCGCCGGCAACUUCCAACUCGAGCGACUCUGGGAAAUCGUUGGCCGCUACGAAACCAUUGCCAAAGAGGGCAUGAUAUACGGUAGCUGGGAUUUGAGCUACUUGGGCAUCUCGGCCCUGUGGUUCGAGCAGUUCGGCACAUCGCCGCAUCGGCAUUUGAGCCAUUCGUCUACGAAGCCUGCGAAGGCAAUCGUGGGCCUCGGGGCUUUGAAGAAGAUCCCGGCGUUUGAGGGGGAGCGGACGAGUUUUCCCGAACAUCGGCAAUUGUGCCUUUUGAUGUGCGGCUGGAAAUUCACCGUCGACACCCUCGAAGCCGAAUGCCAGGAACUCAUCGAGCGCGGUCUCUACUACCAGGCAAUCGUGCAGGCUGUCUUGCACGACCACAAGCACAUUGCUUUGAACUUACUGCGAACGCUCAUCCGGAGCAAGACGAUUGAGAAUAUCGGAUUGGGUGCACUGCUCGCUACGGAUGAGAUGAAUGAGGCUCAGAAGGAGAUGUGUCUGUGGAUGGCGGCAGAUACGUCGGAUCCUGCUCUCAAGGCGUUGCUGACGUUUCUCAAUACCGGCGACUGGCGCGACGUGAUGAAAACCAACUACCUCCACCUAGGCUACCGCAUGGCCCUCGGCUUGCGCUACCUCAACGACACCGAACUCAGCGGCUUCAUCCAAUCCGAGACCGCGCGCGGCGUCAAAAACGGCGACCUCGAGGGCCUCCUGCUCACCGGCCUCGGCGAGCAAGCCAUGGACCUCUUCCAAACAUACAUCGCCAAAACGAACGAUUUGCAGACCGCCGUGCUGGCCACGGCUUUCACGAACCCAAAGUACGUGCACGACGACGCGAGGUGGGACAUGUGGAAGCAGACGUAUCUGGAGCAGAUGCUGGGGUGGCGGUGCUGGGCGCAAAAGGCGCGCUUCACGGUUCGGCAUAAUCGCAUGGCGCGUGUGAAGGGGGGAAAGGCGAUCCCGCCCUCUCCGUCUCCGCCGCCGCAGACGGAGUUGAGUUGUUUGCAUUGUCAGGCUGCGCUGGGCACGGGGAGUGGACGAUAUAUUAAUCCCCCGCGCUCAUCUGAUCUGGGGUUAACUCCUGCCUCCGCUGACCGCACAGCUACGCGCAUCAGCAGCGGUCCAGCCGCUCACACCGGCACAGUGUGCCUCCGCUGCGGCCGCCACCUCCCACGCUGCGGAAUCUGUCUCACGUGGUUGGGAACGCCGGAUCCCGCUCGAGCAGUCUCGGCCUCUUCUACAUCACCCACAAGCACGUCGCCGCGGACUCCGGGCGCCGCGACUCCCAAUAAGCUGGAGGACUGUGGUGGUGGUGUCGAUGUCCUAGCGCAACUCCUUACUUUCUGCGUUAGUUGUGGGCAUGGAUUCCACGCGGAUCAUGCGAGGAUGUGGUUUGCCAAGUGGGAUGUUUGUCCUGUUGCGGAUUGUAGAUGUGUGUGUGGGGUGAAGUAGGGUGAUUCGUUCGAGGAGGUGUGAUGUGCAACGAUGCUUGUUUGGAAGUCUUGAGCGCCUUGCGUGAAGCACAG